GGCAAGCAGCAAAACUAUAGAGAGAGAGAGAAACCAAUUGUUGGACGCAAACCCUUUCUUCUCUCUCCUCCAUAUAUAUAUAUAUUUUAUUUUAUUUUGUUUUGUCAAAAUCAUAUUUUGAUAAAUCGAUAGAUAUAUAUAUACAAGUGCAGAGAAACCUAGUACUAUUUUUGUUCGUCGAUUCGUAGGUUAUUCAGAAAUGACAAAACCAAGCAAGGUGCAACAGGUAACUGAUUUCCAUCACCAUGAUUUGCUGUCUUGCCGCUCAAAAAUGUGCAAGAAGAUUCACCAAAAGGAGAAACGACCAAAAUCAUCAGAGAAGAAAGAAUGGGAAGGGGCAACUUGCGCAGUUUGCAUGGAGCAUCCUCACAAUGCAGUGCUGCUGCUGUGCUCUUCUUAUGACAAGGGAUGUCGUCCUUAUAUGUGUGCUACUAGCUAUCGUUUCUCAAAUUGUCUUGAGCAGUACAAGAAAGCAUAUACUAAAGUCACUUCAAUUGAGGGCUCUGAACCAGGGUUGCUGUCAACUGAUGAUCCUAAUUGCUCGUCAGGAGCAGGUUCGUUUGCUGGGGAUUCAGUAGCUCAACUCCUAUGCCCACUCUGUCGUGGACAGGUAAAGGGUUGGACGGUUGUGGAACCUGCACGUAAGCAUCUAAAUGCAAAGAAGAGAACAUGCAUGCAUGAAAAUUGCUCAUUUGUUGGAACGUACAAAAAGUUAAGGAAACAUGUAAGACGGGAGCAUCCUUCAGCAUGCCCCCUUGAAGUAGACCCUUCACUUGCAGAGAAAUGGAAGAAGCUUGAGCACGAGAGAGAGUUGAACGAUGUGUUUAGCACAAUCAGAUCUGCCAUGCCUGGGGCAAUUGUAAUGGGAGAUUAUGUAAUAGAGGGUAAUUUCGGAGGCCUCCAUAGGAAUUUUGGAUUGGAUAACCAUCUCGAUGAGACUGUUUUUAGGUCAGAACCUUUUGGCAGUCGCUGGAAUGAUAAUAUCCACUCAGAUGAUCUUUUCGAUGAUGGCUAUCAGUCAUUUGAUUCGGAUGAUUUUUUCGCCCAUCAUUCUGGCACUGGGGCUGCAUCUAAUGUUUUCAACAGAAUCUCUCGACUUCACAGUAGGCUCUUAUUGGGAAGAUCAAGAAGGCGGCAACGUCAUCGAGCCAGUAGCAGAAUUCGGUGAUUUAUCAGAAAAAAAGGUUUUCAAGAGUGGUAGGGAUGAUGACGCAUGUUUUUAGAGGAUUGAUGACACUGCUUGCAGCAAUUUGGAGUUCCUUUAGUUGCCUGUAAAUAGGAACCAGAUUGCAUAGUAAAGUAAAUUCAAGCCUCCUCCCUACUCCUAGAUGCUUUAAUUUCAUGAAUUAGGCGAUAGUUUCAUAAAAUCAGGUAACUUCAGAGGGAUUUUUUCUCUCUAUUGGAUAUAUCGAUCCUUCAGGAAAGGAGGGCGCGACAUUGGUGCAUGGGGUUAAUUUCCUUAAACUAUGAACUAGUAGUAUUUUGCCUGUAUCGUCUUUGUUCUGUGCUUUUGAUGAUUCUUGUAAGAAGCUUAUUUGAGAGUCGUACUGUUCUUUAUGUUUUUA